AUGUUGGCGCUCGUGCAGGCGCUCCUCCACUACACGUUCGCCGCCUUGUCGGGCCACACGCCGGCCUCGAUGACGGUCGGCUACCGCCACUGGGCCGGCAUCGGCACCAAGCAGUCGUGCAAGGACGCCCUCCCCUGGUACAAGGCGGCCGCCGACUCGGCCAUCCGCGCCUUCAACGCCGGCCCUCCCGGCGGCCGCCACCUCCCGCCGCACAAGAUCCGCCUCACCGACCACGACGGCGGCGCGUACGGGCCAGGCGCCUCGUCAUCGCGCUCGUCGCUCGUCACCGGCGGCAGCAACGCCCAGACGCAGCACGAGUGGGACGACCUCGUCGAGUUUCACCUGUUCCACGCCGACAAGGGCGACCCCGAGUACAUGUACCGCCUCGGCCGCCUGUACUACCAGGGCUUUGGCGCCGGCGGCCUCGGUUCGAGCGGCGGCGGCGGCGGCGGCGGCAGUGACGGCCUGUGGGACGGCGGGCGCGACUUUCACCGCGCGUCCAAGUGGUUCCUGCGCCUGGCCAAGAAGGUGUGGCCCUCGGACGGGCGCGACGCGACGACCGACCCCAAGGCGCGCCCGGGCCGGCUCGGCGAGCCGCCGCGCGUCGGGUACUACGACGCCGCCAAGGACCGCCGCAGCGACCGCGUCGACGAGCAUGCGGCCAUGGUCGGCGGGCUCGCGGCGGGCUACCUCGGCCGCAUGUACCUUCGCGGCGAGGGCGUCGCCGUCAACUACGCCAAGGCGUUCCUCUGGCUGCAGCGCGGCAUGAAGCAGGGCGACCGCGAAGCGUCGAACGCGCUCGGCAUCAUGUACCGCGACGGCCUCGGCGUCGAGCGCGACCUCAAGAAGGCCGUCCACCUGUUCGUCGCCGCGGCGCAGCAAGACCUCGCCGACGCCCAGGUCAACCUCGCCAAGUACCACUUUGGCGUCGGCGACUUUGCCUCGGCGACGACCUACUUCGAGGCGGCCAUCCGGUUCGACGGCAAGCGGUGGGCCGACGGCUUCCAGGCGUACUACUACCUCGCCGAGCUCGCCGCGAGGUCGACGGCCGCCGGCGGUGGCGACACGUGCCCCGUCGCCGUGUCGUUCUACAAGCGCGUCGCCGAGCGCGGCGACUGGGACCACGAGGUGUGGUGGGAGGCCGAGCGCGCGCGCGAGAAGGGCGACCGCAGGACGGCGCUCCUCGGCUACUGGCUCAUGGCCGAGCGAGGGUACGAGGCGGCGCAGAACAACGUCGCGUGGAUCCUCGACCGGGACAAGCAGCGCAUCCGCGUUCCCCUCCUCGACGCCGUUCCCGCCUCGCCGUCGCCCGCCGUCAAGCAGCUCGACCGCCUCGCCCUGACCUACUGGACGAGAUCGGCCGCCCAGGACAACGUCGACGCGCUCGUCAAGAUGGGCGACUACUACUUCUCGGGCCUCGGCACCGAGGACGGCGUGCCGCAGCUUGAGCGCGCCGCCGGGUGCUACCAGAGCGCGUCGACGACCCGCUUCUCGGCCAUGUCGAUGUGGAACCUCGGCUACAUGCACGAGACCGGGCAGGGCGUGCCGCAGGACUUUCACCUCGCCAAGCGUCACUACGACGCCGCCUACGACACGUCGUCCGAUGCCGCCCUCCCUGCAACCCUGUCGCUCAUCGGCCUGUACGCUCGAGCCCUC